CAACUUCCGUGCACGACAGUCCAGUGUACUCAUUCCCCGGACGGCAGUCCCCUCGGAGAGUAUAUCUGACGUCACACACGAGAGCCAACAGCACCUUUCGCUCAUCAUCCUUCUAACGAGACAUGGAAAAAGUAGGCGAAUUGAGAUCUCAGCUCAGGGCGUAUAGAAACGCCUCAGCUGACGAGCAAACUCGAGCAGACUGCUUCCCGGCAGACCGGGAGUUGGAACUUUUCGAGUCAUAUCUCCGAACAACACUCGACCGCCGGGAGACGCAUCUCCUCAUGGCCAGACAUCACAACUCCUCUAGCCACCCGGUGCUCUACGAUCCUCAAUUACCGCAACUUUUUGUAAACAACGAGCCAGCGCUCCGACUGUUUUUACGCGACAUCCGAUAUAGAGUUAACAAAACAGCUCUUCACAAAUGUCUACUAGAUCAAGGUUGUACCGAUUUCGAAAUCGUUAGCGUUAAAACAAAAAAAUCCGGGUCGGUAGCGACAGUACUCUGCAACUCGCUCGCAUCAUCGGGCGCGAUGCAGGUUAAAUCUUGUAAAAAAGAACUCGUUUUCACUGAUCCCAACGGCAAACAGUCACACAUCAAGACUAAACCGGAUCAGUUUAUCACUCAAAACGCGCUGCUACCUGCACAAGCGAUCAAACGGAAAACUUCCAUCCUACCGGAUAACCUUACUCGCUUAUUCAACCAAAGCGACCCAGUGCUUACGCUGUGGAAUUACCUUAGCGCGGACGACAUUUUUAACUUGUAUAUAGCAUGUCAUGAAAAUUCGAUUUUUCAUCGCCUAGGUAUUCCUUUCGACUCAUCUAGCAUUAGAUAUUCUGGUCCGAAUGGCCUAAACCAAAUGCUAGAAGACGCAACGACAUUUACCUUUCGUAGCAUUAGUUUUUCGUCAAACGCAAACGUCUUUGAGACACCCUUUGUAAAUAAGUUUUUUAAAGCAUGCGCAAAUCGUUGUAAAAACUCUACGAGACGAGUAGGCAUGCACCUAGUCGAUCUCUCAGCGGUUGCGAUCACUCGCGAAACGAUCAAAAUCCUAGCAGAUCACUUCGCAGUCCACAAGCUUGUUCUCGGUAAAACACCCGGGGGCUCUGAAGAAAACUUAGAAUUAGAAAAACUAAGCACGUUAAGCCUGUACAACAAUCUACACUUAUCACUUAAAUUCCUAACAAAAGACUGUUUCUCGUAUCUACGUACAUUAAGAAUGGUAGGGUGCAACAAAGUCCCCAUGGACAAACUUUUUAGUUUUGUAAUCUGCAACCAGCGACUCGAAGAGUUGCUAUUCACCGACAGUCAAAGCAGAAACCAACAUACCGUAGACUUAAGCGUAGCAGCGAUUUCGGGAAGUAACGUGUUGGAAAAGUUUCAAUUUAAUUACUCAGCUGCAAAAACCUUCCGAACUCACUUGAUCCCAGACUUAAUCUGGAACGAGUCGAAGUCUAUCAAAUCCAUCGAUUUAGAGAACAACACUUUCUUUCAAAAAUAUGCCAACACCUUGCUUUCCAAACUGCCUAAUGUACAACAUGUAAAUAUUUUAGGAUUAGAUAUCGAUCAAGUCUUAGUUCUAAGUAGCUGUGAGCAAAUCUUGUCAAUCAAAAUUAACUACGGAGAAAACCUAGUUAGCACGUUGUAUAGCUUGAUUCCGACUAGAGUCAAGUCUAUAGAAAUAGUAAACUUACUAGGUAAGAAAAAAACCAAAGCGAUGGACAUCUUCUGCAUUCGCGACUUGUUCCAUUCUCGAGAUCAGCUUUACAUUAAGCUCACCAAUUGCAAAAUAGCAAUUCCGAAUAAUCUCGUCAACUACUUUGCGGCGAACCACGUUCAAAUUACGCGAACAAGCAACACGUGCGAAAUCAGCAAAACACCAAAGGAAACUUAAGUACAACUACGAAUACAAGAAAAUACUUGUACGAUCAAACACUUGUGAUCUCAGUUCCUAUUUAUAGACUAUUAUUUUGUAAAGCGUUGAACCACACGCACCAGCGAAUAGCUCUAAGGAAAAUAUCCAUGUAAACAUCCUCCAGCCUCUGACGCUAGAUUUUUUUUGCGGGGGGAGUACUGUAGGUACCACACGGAUAGGUGGCGGCACGUACCGCUGCAGAGAGAGAGAGAGAGAGAGAGAGAGAGAGAGAGAGAGAGAGAGAGAGAGAGAGAGAGAGAGAGAGAGAGAGAGAGAGAGAGAGAGAGAGAGAGAGCAGCCAUGCUGCGAGCGAGCGAGCGCCGUCGCCGCCGCUCAGUCCUGCACUGACCACGCACACGGUCAGACGUCUGGAGAGGCACUGAAAUAAAGUACUUGUUACACGUAGGCGAGGCAUCUUCUUUGUCCACUAUCCACUUCGUCCUACAUAU